ACACACACACACACAGUUGUGCUGUACCUCAAAAGAGAAGGCUCAGCACCACACAGACAUUCAAACAUAAACCAGUGAAGAAGAGUCGACAGAGUCAGAGGGCCAGCUAGAAAUAGCAGCUAAUUCCCACCUCCACCUUCCAAGAAAGCGAAAACACAACAAGCUGUUUAAGAGAAGGGGAGAAAAACAAAAAAAAAAGGGGACAGAGAUACAGCGAUGAGAUAAAAACAAAGAGGGAGAAAAGAAGAGAGAGAGAGAGAACUGGGAUUGAAACCAUGUCCUCACACCCUUACCAAUCGAAAUCUGUCGUACCGGCUGUCGUACCCACAGCCCCUCUGGUGCAUGACCUUUUCGACCCCGAUUUACAGAACGACAGCGAUGAUGGCGACACCAAUGACAACGAAAACGCCGAUGACCGACUGGACGACCGAUGCGUUGCCAUAGAAACCAGUCUCCCCGAAGCGACGACAGCAGACUCGUCUUCUCUGUGUAGUUCUUUCUCAUCUUUGCUGUUGGCCUCACCACCACCACCACCACCACCACCACCACCACCGCCACAACCACCUAUACUACCAUCGCCACCACUACCACCUCUACUGCCAUCGUCCCCCCCACCACCGCCAUCUUCUCCGCCACUGUCACCCCUAAAGUCGGAUUGCCCGGGGCCCGUUUCCAUAGCGAUAAGCGACCCUUCUAUAUAUUUGUCUGUCUCUGACCUCGCUGACCUCCUCAGUAGCUACCGCCGCCGUCAGCCCCAGCAGCAGCAACAGCAGCAGCAGCAGCAGCAACAACAUCACCACCAACGUCAGUACCCUCACCACCACCACCACCACCGUCACCGGCAUCAACUCUGCAACUGCGGCCACCGCCCCCGACUGCAGCAGCGCCACCUGGGAGAUCCCCGGCCCCGACACCUUCCUUCCAUCAUCGACACCCCCACCGCUGCUACCACCACCACCACCACCACCACUGCCGCUACCACCGGCAACAACUCCGACGCCAGCACCGCCCCGGCCCCCUCUCCUGACAUGUUCACGCCAUACCAGCAGUCUACACCGCCACCGCCACCGCCGCCACCACCACCACCGCCACCACCACCUCCACCACCGCCGCCUCCUCCACCACCGACGCCGCCGCCACCCCUGGCCCCGGUUUUGCCACCACCUCCGCCGACGCCGCAACCCCAACAGCACCAUCAGCCCCUGCUCCACCACCCGCCCUUCUUCUCCUCUACCCCCUCCGCGCCCUCCGCCUCUUUCUCUGCCGCGACCGAGACGUCCACCGCCGCCUUCGCCACGUCACCGAUGACGGCCAACAUGGCUGCCGCGCAGGCCGAGUACAUCCCGGGUCAGAUGUCCACCGAGUUCCCGGCCGGAGAGGGCCCUGGCGCCGCUGUCUACCACCACCACCUCCACCAGCACCAACACCAACACCACCACCACCGGAUGCGUUCCUUACAGGCGGAUCCUUCUUCCGCGGUGUCGGUGCCGUCACCGUCGGGUCUCCCCGCGCCGCUGUCACACCACCACCACCACCCUGCCGGUUCCCAACCCCACCACCACCACCCACACCACCAACCCCCUUCAUCGUCAUCAUCAGCCAUGGUGCCGUUGUCGUCGAGGGCAACAGCCACCUCGCCACUUCCGCCGCCACUACAAUCAUCACUGGCCCCUUCAGCAACCCCGGUGCCUAUGCAAGGCAACAAGCCCCUCGUCAAUACGCAGUACACGGGCCCAAUGAGCGUCGGUUACUCAAGGAUGAACCAGCCCCCACCACCACCAUCAUCGUCGCAGCAAAUCUCCACACAGCCCUACCCAGUGCACUUCGGGUGUCCUUCGCCAACCCCAGUCAACGUGUACAAUGCGACCGUCAUCUCUUCCUCAGCCACGUCGACCCCGGCGGAGAGCAAUGCUUACAAACGUCGUCGUGGCAUGAUCGCACUGUUCUGUUUCGCGGGGCUCAUCCUCCUCGUCAUCUUCAUUGUGUUCAGCCUCUGACCAGCGAUGAAGACGAUGACGAUAUACUUCGAACAGGCAUCGAUCACUGCCGACCCCCCCACGACCACCACCACCACCAUCGCCACUGCUGGCAUCACCCUCGCUGCUACUGCCACCAUUGCUGUUCCCCUCACUGCUGCCACCUCUCUCUGCAGUCACCACCACCAACACCAGUCCAACACCAGCCGUUCAAGAAUUUGGUCCUGGAUAUCUCCUUUUCCAGUGACUUCGAGGGCCACCUCCCAGUGGUGUCGGGUGUCAACGAAGAGCC